AUGGGCCAAGAACGGGAAUGGGAAACGUGUGCUCAUUCGGCACCAGCUUCCUUCUUCUCCGUCUCAACUACGGGUUGUCGUCGAGCUGCCAGUUUCCCGUUUUUUGGAGACAGUGCUCUACAGUCGCCUAGCUUGAAAGUUGGUUUUUUUCUUGAAAAAAAAAAAAAAAAUAUGUCACUUCGAUAAAUUUUACAUUUAAAAAAAUCUUUUUAGAGCGAAAGUUAUUUUAUAUCUUUCUAUUUUUUUCUUUGGCUCAGAGACUUCUCUUCUAAAUUUCAACAAUUCAAGACCUUUUUUGGUAGUUCAAUGCUUCAAGAGUUUAGAAUUUCAACCACUUGCUACAGAAAAAUAUUCAAGGAAUACUUUAUUUUUUUUAAAUAUACAAGAAUAAACGAAAUUUUUCAAAAAAAGUCAGCGAACGUUUUCAAGAUCAUAAUUACCUAUUUUUUUGCUUAAUUUCUAGUUUUUUUCAGGUGCGAUCACAAAGUGAAUCAGAAGGCCUGAACCGCAUGAGAAUUAACUCAGUUAAAUUUGAAACCCUGCGGCAAAGACUCGGGAAUCCGAUCGACGAGAACGGUAACUUUCCCUUUUUUUAUAGUUAAAACGUGCGCGUUCAUUGCCAUCGUCGCAAGGCGUUCGCAACAUUUCCGUAUAAAAACUAUUUGAAUUGGUGUUCUGUUCCGAACAUUGGUUUGAUAAAUGUCGCAAUAAAUUAGAAGACACUUUUUUCCUCACCGGCUACCUUUUCUUGUGUCACUUUGCCGUUUCUUAUCAAAUCUCCAAUCACGUAUUUGCUGUCGAUCGCUCAUUAGAUUUUUGAUUGCGAUAAAAAAGUGUCCAAUAGGGGUUUUGAAUGGGGUUGAAAUUUUGUUUUGACAAAUGAAAACAGAAAAAAUCUUCUCUGGAGCUCUGCAUUUUUAAAACUAUGCAAAAUUGUGAAGAUCAGUGUUUUUCAAGUUUUAUGAUUAUUAAGCUUAUGAGAUAAAGCGACAACUGUUCUUUUUUCGAUUAAUCAAAAAUCUAUGAGAAAGGUUCUUGUGAACGGAUCAAAUAACUCAAAUUACAGACGAAGGAAGUGAUUACGGAUCAAAACACAGCUCCUCCAGUAGCGAGUGUGAUGCGAAUGACACGAGCGAUUUCUGCGCCGGUCAAAUGGACGACGAAGAUACCGAAAAGGUACAACUUUUCAAAAUUUCACAUCGUAAGGUUCAUGAUGAUUUUAAGGAAGAGGAGUCAGAAUGUCCACGCAAAAGUGUGCGGUUCGCUGACGAUUGUGGCAAAGAUUUGUACUGCAUCCGAAUCGCCACUGAACCCAGUGACUGUCCUCCAAAGCUCAGUCCCAGCGUCCUUCGACGUUACCGCGGUGAGAAAUCAAACAAAUCGAUCCGUUCGAAAAAUAAAAAAUAAACGGUUCUUCCUUCCUUUAUUUCUGUAAAAAAAUACAUCCAAAAAGAAACAAUUCUGUUUUCAGGAGAAUCCUUCGAAGAAGAUUCGCAGCAUGAGCCGGCUCCCGUCUGGAACUUGAACUUUAAACAGCCAGCUGCUGAAUACGUCAGAUUCCGAGAGAAACUCGAGAAGGUGCGGACGAUUUUUUCAAAACGUUCUUUGAUCUUUUUUGAUCUGGAGUCGAUAGUAUUUGAUGGAAUGCCCUUUCAGGACAAAGUCUCUUUGGAAAAUGUGAUCGUGAAGGCCGAGGAAUACAAAGUACAUGGAGUUAUUAAGGUUCGUUUCUGAUUAUUACUUCGAAAAUGAGGGUUUUUUUCUUUCGGGAAAAAGUUUCUUGUAAGAUUCUUUUUUUCAGGUGUCCAACAUCUCAUUCGAGAAGUCGGUAUUUAUUCGUUACACAAUGAACGGCUGGCUGUCCCACACCGACAAGCAAGCUGUGUACCAACCUUCUACAAGCAAAAUCCACGACACUUUCAAGUUCGAGCUCGAACUCCCUCACUGCGUCGAACGCGUUAGUUGGACUCUUACAAAGAGAAAACGAGAAAAAUUCAAUUUCAGGUGAAUAAAAUUGAGUUUUGCGUGUGCUUCAUUGCCGGCGGCGUUGAGCAUUGGGAUUCUAACGGCGGGAUGAACUACCAGCUUGAAUGCGAAGUCCAACAUGUUCAGCCAAGAAGAACCCCGCUUUUCGGCGGGUUAGAAUUAACUUUUGAUAAAUUGCUUCAAAAUUUCCCAUGAACAAAUAUAGUUUUUUUUUUAGCAAACUCCAAAGUUUGGAGUGAAAUUGCUUAGCUUCCUAGCCAAAAGAAGCUUUCAAAACGUUAUCAAAUCGGUUGAAUACCAAUUUGAACAUAAACUAGAGAGUUUUGGUCAUUCUCCGUACCACAAGAAAAACCUUACUCUAUGCGCUUUUUAUGGCAAAUUAGGAUUCGCAGUAAAUUGAAUCAAAUGAAACUAGUCUACAAGAAUUUCCUGAAACAGUGAUUGCUAAUAAAAGUAUUACUUAGAGCCUGGUAACUUCAAAAUCCUUUUAUGAUUAUUUUCAAGUUUACUCCGAAGGCUUUCUUAACUUUUUUUUACUCCGAAGAAAAAAAAUGUUUUCAGCACAAAGUACUUGGAUCGCGACGAUGCGUACAAACUGGAUUACACUGACUGGAGCAAGUUCGCCGCCUGGAAAAGUUUGAGCACGGAUGGUCCUUAUUGGUAG